GCUUUGAUUUAAAAAAAAGCAAAGGAUGUCAGAAAUUAUAAAAUCUACUAAUUUAUUCGAAAAAAAUCAUAAAUAAAAUUAUCGACAACAUUAAAAUAAAGCCCUCGUCAAACAGACAGAGAAACAGAGAAUGGCAAGGACUUAGAGUUCGGAAAAAUGGAAGAACGAAAUAAUCCUUGCAGACCAUCAUCAAAUCCUUUAGAAAUCACAAGACGUCCACUUCCCGACGAAACUGUUUCGGUAAAUUUUAGUACAGUGCCACCAUUUAGGGACUAUAACCCAUUACCAUCAACACCUCCACCAUCAUACACUCCACGAAAGCCCGACCAUCAUCAGGAUUUUAACCGGGCACACCAACAAGUUCAUAGUAAUAAUGCAUAUAAUGGCAGGACACUGCCACCUAGACAAGAAGUGAGGCUGCAACAGGCAGAGGCACAACUAGCUGCUGCAGCUGUAUUAGCUGCAGGCAACAAUCGAUGUAGAAGACAUAAUGAGUCCGAAAGUAGUGACACCAGUAGGAGUAGUAGAAGCAGCAGCAACAGUAGCAGUAGUAGCACAACCAACAACAACAAGAGUAGCGAUGAGGACGAUGACAUUAACAAUGGACUCUCAAGAAGGAAUGCUGCUCUUCGAGUAAAUGGUGCUUACUGUCCAGAUCUCUUAAACGCUUGUUCAUUAAUACUCCCUUUCCAAGAGAGUGACUCAUCACCUGAACGCCAAAGUACAAAUCGCAGAAGAAGUCGCCAAUACAAACGUUCAUCGGUUCCCCUACAACGACGUCCUUCAUCAACAGCAGCAGCUUACUCAUCUUCGGACUAUGCUGAAAUUGAUGAAAUCAACAAUACCAUUACUUGCAAUAGCAAUGUUCUUACAUCAGCAAAAAGUACACCCACACUAUAUCACCAAAGAAGAUCGAUCAACGAAGGAUGUGUAACAAAUUCAAUAACAGCACAACAGCUGAAUCAAAUGGGUCAAAAUUUAAGCCUACGUAGGCCACGUAUAUCAUUGACUUGGGUUCUCAGAGAGCAACAAAAUCAGCACCAAUCAUCACCGCAACCAUCAGAUCAACCAAAUCAAACAACCAACAGCGAUCAUCAAGAUGCUGAAUAUCAAAAUAACAAUAAUCCAUCAACCAGACUUGAUGGAAAAACUAAUUUGUCAACGGGUCUGGACAUCAAAAAGAAACUCAAAGCUAAACAGAAUAAUAAUAAAGAGGAGGAUAAACUUUUCCAUGAGAAGUAUGUCAGCAAUCACAACCUCCAACAGCAAUUGCAGGAGAAACGAGAACCUUCCAAGGAUCUCAUGUUUGUAUGCACUCCGUCAAGACAGCCUAUUUCACUCAAGUCCGGCGAUACCACGACCGCACCGGACUCAACCUUGCGCCGACGAUUCGUUAUCGGUGAGUCAAAGAAAGUUCUCGAGAAGAAAUGCUUCAAAGUCAGUGAUGGCAAUGUUCUAGAGAAAUGCGAAAAAGAUGAAGCCAAGUCCCUCAAGGGUACCUAUUCAGAACCUAGUCUAAUUGCAGCCAGUGAAGGCCACCACCGUCGACAUAGGCAUCGCAAACGUCGAGAUCGAAAUCGCGUUCAGAAAUUCGGUUAUGAAAUCCGAAAUGUUGAUGAGUUCCUGUCCAAGUGUUCACUCGCUUCUCCAGGUAACAUUCCCGUGGUGUUGUCGUCAUCUAGUACGCUCUACCAAACCCGUCCCGGUGGUUAUCAGAUUGAAAUUCCUCUUCCCUUGGGCAUGGUUGUCAAUGCUGUAUUCAAGAACCAGAAUUGGCUUUAUGUACAAACUCCACAUGCUGAAGAGGGUUAUGUUGGCUAUAAUUCUUGCCUUCCACUUGGAAUUCUCCCGCCAGCAGCACGAGGGAACUCCACAUCGAAGCCAACUCCCUGUUGGGACACGAAUGGGGAUGUCUUUCCACGUCCCUGUGGAAAUAUGACAGAUAGCGAAAAGGAGAUACGCCUUCGUGGUGGGACAAGAUCAGAUGGAGCUCGAACCCCUCGUCUUAAACGAAUUCCACCAAGUGGAACCCUCGAACAUCAUGUCGACAAGUUGUAUCUUCGAGCUGCAAGUCAACCAAAGCUCACUGAAAAGGCUUACGCCCAAUUAAAGUCAACGAAUUUGUAUAAGAAACAAGCUGCUGCUGCUGCCGCAAAUAAGGCUAACGCAACAGCGACCCUAACCCCAACGCUCACCCCAGCUAUAGUCAAUUCUUGCAAUGCCUCUGUCCGAACCUCCAAUAACGAGUACCUACAACAGCACAAGACAAAGCUGCUGCAAAAGCAACAGAGUUUAAUGAGUCAGAAAGCUGCUUCGACAGCUUCAUCGGAGAAUCGAAGUCUGCGACAAACACUGGUGGCAAUCAUGAUGGACUAUGCCACGCAGAGUAUCACGCUACAAAAGGGUGAGAUUGUCACACUGUGUGAAUGUCGGGAAUCAAAGGAUCGUCGUCAGUGGUUUUAUGUAAGAACUCGUGAUGGACGUGAAGGAUAUAUUCCUGCCGAAGUGGCCGGACAUGGAUUUUUAUAAAUAACAAAAUGAGUAGAUUUUGUAGAUUAAUAUCAAAAAAACAUGCAUAAAUAUAGCUCAAAGCAUUUAAUAUGCUUUUGUCUACAAAAAAAAAAUUGUAAUUUUAUAAGGAUGUUAUAUUUUAGUACAUAUACAUACAUUAUAUGGCUCUUAAUCUUAAAACUACCAAAUGUUCGUAAUUAUUAUUUAAUUGUAACAGAUUGCGAUAAGAAAUAAAAAAUUAAAUAAAAUACAAAAUUGUUUUCGGUAAUCCGUUAUAUUUGAUAAGGAAAUGUGUAUAAUUAAU